AUGGCAAAAAAGACCCCCAGCCCUCCGCCGAGGGCAAGAUCUCGCCGGGGCGCGGCGCCGCCGUCGCCAACCCCAGCCGCUGCUCUGAGCCCUCCCUUCUCCCCUGCCCCGUUGCGCACCCGCCUUGGCGCUGCUGCUGCUGCGGCGGCGGCGGCGGCCGCCGCCGCCGCCGCCGCCUCCUCAUCCCCCGUCGAGCACCCAUGCGUCACGCUGUGGGAAUGGUGGCCGGUGAUGGUGGAAGGGGAGGAGCGGAAGCUCGCGGUUUCCGGCUUCACUGAAAGGAAUGACGCAUUCACUUCUGCACCCAUAGCACAUCGUUAUGAGCCUCUCACGCUCCAGGAUGAAGGUGGGGUUGUGGUGCUCCUUCAUGGUUCAAUUAACUUAUUGCGAAUGCGUGAAAAUGGAUUUUCUGUGCAGAUAUGCGAACAAUUCAUGAUUGGAUUUCCGUCCUGGUGGGAGACUUGGGAUUCACACAUGGGGUCUUACCCAAACUGUUUUAUUGAUCCACGAGAGGGUUCAGCUCAGUUUUACCUGGAGAAAUUCCAGCUAGGCAAUUUUAUUCAAAAGUUUGGACCCUUGUUCAUCGAGGACCUUCUUAAUAAUGCUAAAAAUUUCCCAAUCGACCAUCUCGAUGCAUUCACAGAGAGUUCAAGAUUCCAGGAAUACAACUGUGGAAAUGAUGCUUCAACCAAGGAAAAUUCUGCUGCUUCAGAUGAUGCCAGACCCGCAACUGUAGCUAAUGUGGAAAUAGGCUUGACUGCGAGCAGCAUUUCACAAGAAAGAGAUCAUGUGGACAUUGAGUGUAAUGUAUCUCUUGCUUCUGCAGAAACAUAUACUGGUGAUGAAACUUGCAAAGAGGCAGGAAAUCAGAAUGACACUAUGCAUCCAGAUGCAAGGGAAGACGAUGCUGGUAGCCAUCUUUUCAACUCCGAUUGGACUUGCACUAUGUUCCCUGAUCAUAUGCCCAAUGACUCGGAAGGUGGAAAUGCCACCAGUGCUGAAAAUACCACCAUGUCCCCUGAUAAUAUGCCCAAUGACUCGGAAGGUGGAAAUGUCACCAGUGCUAAAAAUGCCACCAUGUCUCCUGAUCAUAUGUCCCCUGAUAAUAUGCCCAAUGACUCGGAAGGUGGAAAUGCCCCCAGUGCUGAAAACUCAGUAGAACUGCUGGCUAAAUAUCAUUUAGCCAUAGUACCGCCUGAAAGUGCUAAUUGCUGCUCAGAGAUUCCUGGUGCUUCUCAAAGUGUUGAACCCUCAAGUUAUGAAAGUACUCCAGUGGCCUCAUUGAAGAACCAACACUGCUUGGAAACAACUGAGCACAUCACAUUGACUCAGAAGGCAGUAUCAAAUGAAGAUACACCAUCUUCAAUUCACUCAGAUGUGCAAUCUCAGGAAAAACAGACUGUAGGUUCAGCAGAGAAGCGAAGAUCUGCAAAGCAAGUGUUGGAGCGUCCUACUAGAUCGCCAAUGACCAGAACUUCAGCUCCAUAUGGGCAUAAAUCUCGGCUUACUCGUUCUAGGGCCCAGUCAUUAUCUAUUUCCACACCUGAGUGUCUCAAAAUGAGAAGAACCAAAUCAGGUCGAGUGGUAGUACCCCUAUUGGAUCCAGGAAGCAGUAGGAUUGUCUAUGAUAACAAUGGGUUGAUUUCAGGCGUCGCUCCUGUGGAUGGUUUGGAAGCUCCCCUGCCAAAUUUGCAUGCCACUCAGUACUACGUAUAUAGUUUUCCCUCGGUAAGCAUAAUAAUCACGUGUGUCCUUGGGUGA